UAUGUCACCCGAGUACUUGCACUAUACCUGACCACAUACUACUCAUUAUCAAAAUGUCUUUUCAUAGAACUAUUUACCUUUACAUAAUAGUGUUAAGAAUAUCCGGUGCAAACAGUGACAAUAGUGAUAGUGAACGGCAAAUAGUGAAAUUCAAAAAAGAUAUCGAUACAAUAGGGAGUGGUUUUGAAGAUCUGAUCUUCGAUGCCAUCGACGGAAUAGUGAAAGAUGCACAAUUACUGAUCAAUGCAGAUUAUGAUGAUGAAAUCCUUGAUAAUGGAUUGAGCAAAAAUACUUUACAGAAACCAUACAAGUUGAAGAACCUCAUCAAAAAGGAAACUGAGAGGGCAACCGUCAGUUUGGGAAAAUAUAGGAAGAAAAGGUCUAUCGACGUUGGACCGACAGCUGAGAAGUUAAGCAAUAUAAUCACCAAAGAAGCAGAUACUGGUAUAUCGAGCUUGAAAAACUUUCUGACCAACCUCAUACCAAUGAAGUCUGAGAUCUCAAAUGUAGUCAAAGUUCCUAAAACACUCCUUGGAACCUUCACCAAACCAGAAAACGUAAAGAAAAGAAACGCGGAACUGAAAAGCAUUGCAGACAUUUUGGAGGACUUGAAUCCUCUACAUGUUGAUCCUUACAAAUUAAAGAGUAACAUUGAAAUCCAAAACUUAAAGAACUUCCUUAAUAGUAUAAAACCGAUAUCAAACGAUUUUGGAACAACAUCAAAUCUAAACAAUAAAGACUUUGGUUUGAGAAAUGUUUUGGGUCCACUAAAAUCUGACUUUGCACACGAUGUGAAAACAUCAUUGUCUCAUUUCAGCAACAUAAUCAAGAAGGGGGCAGAUUCAGUUCAUUUAAGCAAGGUUUUGAAUACUUUAUCCCCCACUGAAGACAAGUUAACUGACUUUACUAAGUUGGUUCAAGACCCCAACAGAUUGAAGGAUAUUGUAAAUAAAAUAUCUGUGAAGCUCGACAACAAUAUAAUGAAGGAGCUCGAGACUACAACUAUGGGACUGUUGGGUAACUUCAUCAAAAGAUCAAAGAGAUCUGCUGCUUCUGAUCAACCAGUUACUGUUGUUGAAGCACCUCUGAUCGAUAAAGGCAAAAGUGACUGCAGAAAGGAUGAAGAUAUGGAAAAGCAAAGAAUACUAGAGCUGAAAGGAGAAAUAAAAAAUCUACAUGACAUUGUAAUGUUAUUAAAAGACCAGCAGAGUGUUAUGACAUCCUUAGACCGUGAAACCAAAGACGUUGACGACAAUUUUGCUCAAAGAUAUAAUAAAAAAGAUCUGCUAAAGAUUUUAGAACAUCUAAGUGAUACUAGUUUCAACGAAGUUGAACCCAAAAUGGAGGAAAAGGGAAUGUCGGACCACACAAGUACAGAUAGUACUGUCCAAGAAGAGCUGAUCAGACUCAAAUCUGAUUUGAGGAAAGCAGUGCGUGCUUUGAACAAAACGAGAGAAAUGCUCAACUAUGAUAAGCAGGUUGAAAGAUCGCUUCAAAACGAAAUCAAGAGGCAUAGGACAGAAUUGAACAUUUUGAAAGCGGUUAUGGAAAGGUUACUCAAAAAUGAUACAGUAAGUGAAGAUGAACCAGUUCUGGGAGCUAUUCUGCAUCAACCAACGGCACUCCCACUGCCGCUCACAGGAAUUACAAUUCCUACAAUUAGAGCGGCCGAUCAUCAGCAAGCCAGAGCUAGUGAUCUAGGAGACCUCAGAAGGCUGCUUCAAAUUGCAAUUGAUAGACAGAACAGAGAAAAUGCAAUGAAAGUACUCCUACAACAGCUAAACGGACAACCACCUGUUAACGGAAGAGAACUCGGCGAUGGAACUCAACUUUUACGGGUGCUGCAACAAGCUGCAAAGCUUAUUGAACAACCAGCACUAGGCAGAAUAGACGACGGCGAUCACGAACUCAAAAGAUUACAAGACGCCAUAGAAUCUCUCAGGCCCAAAGAAGAAAUCAAUCUUCCAGAUAACAGGACUGGCGACAGACAGUUGAAAGAGCUGAUAGACAAACUGAACAGAGAAGAUGCUCCUAAUCCUCAGAAACCUUUACAGAACAAUCCACCUAUUGAUAGGUACCAGGAGCUCUUGAAGCUACUCCAAAAUAGAGAUAAGCCAAAAACCCCUAUUAGGCAGGAUGUAGGUCACAGGCCAACAGGCAACCUUUUCACGCCUGAAGUUGGUUAUGGAGGUUUAAGUAGUGGAGGUGCCGAACCUGGCCAAGCUACGUAUCUCCAUAAUAGAUAUCCACCCUACCGUCCACUAUUCUAUCCACCUCCACCACAUUACCCUAGACUUCCUCCAAUGCAACUUUACGAAUACGAUAGACCAAUAUGGAUGGAUGUUGUUCCUCUCCGUUCACCAGACUUCAUCCCGUAUCAAGGCAUUGCAUCUCAGCAAACUCAUUACAGGCCUCCAGUGAGUCUUGGAGGAGGCGUGUCUCCAUACUAUAGGCCUUUUGAAGAUGACUCAUAUCCAGGGCUUUACAGGCCACCAUCGAGUGCUGGAAUAAAUCCGUCCCAUUCCAUCUUUAGACCAUCUCCUGUCUCCAACUAUGGCGGUGAACCUUCUCCAUCUAUCCAGAAACCACAGCAAAACUAUGGAGUUCCGCCAUCCUCAGGUUUUGGAAAUGAGUCUCCUCAAUCUGUGUAUAGACCGCAGCCGAGCUUUACUCCACCAGAAAACGAUCCACAGUUAGGUCCAGGAGGCUUCCAGUUUUUUCCUGGAUCAGGUUACGAUGUACCUCCUCAAAACGGUGGAAUCCCUCAGGAGGUUAGCAGUUCAAAUGGCGGAGAGGCGCCAGGACUAUAUUCGCAAACAGAUAAUGAGGGCUUGAAUGGAGACAACAAUAAGCCCGUUCAACCCUACAACCCAAACCUCCCUCCUGUGGAAGAAAACAUUCCUCAACAAGCGAAUUUUGCCAAGCCGCCACCCACUCCUCCUCCAAUUGGUUAUGUGAAGAAGCGUACCAGGAGAGCCGUGGACCUUCCCAAUUAUCCUGAAAGCCGACUCUAUGAUGCACUGACCAAUUCGUUGAAGAAAUAUAUCUUUGAAGACGGUGCCAGAAGUCAGGUAUACAACUAUGGAGAAAGGAGGACGGAAAACUUGAAAACACAGUUAGAUGGUAUGCGAAGUAAUUCCCAGCCCAGAAGUUUUGAAUACGCACCGCUAUCGUCCUAUCAGCUUCCGUUACCUCUUCAGCAAUUGUACAAUCCUUCUAAUUCACUGCAACCAUCAGUUUUGAACCCAGUUACGAAGGAAAAACCUGAUGUUAUUGCAACAAUCAUCGUAAAAAUUUUUGACCAUGUUCUAAGUGCAGUACCAACAAUUAUAGAACGUAUUUUUGGUAGAGGAAUCUACGAUCUGUUUAAUUUCAGUGAUUAUAAUAAUUACAGUAAUUAUAAUGGUUAUGGUUACUAUAACGGCCAAAACGACUUACAGAAAUUGUUCAGAGGUCUAGGCAUUUUAGGCUAUGGGCCUCUUAUCAUAUUGAAAAUCAUCGACGGCUUCACAACAUUUAUGAAUAUUUUGAGACGAAACAGCUUUUUCAGAACUUUCCUACUUCCUGCUCUGGUGCUAAUGUUGAUAGCAGGCAGUGUGAUUUUUUUAAUAUGGUGGUUACAGCCAGAUAAUUUUACUUCGAAUUACCAAAAUGUAUAUCAAAGUAGUAAUGGUCAAAAUCAAUAUUACUCUAACGUUCAGCCUCAUUAUAAUAACUAUCGACAAUAUUCUGGACCAUCCAAUAACAAAUAUCGAACAAUGGAUUAUAAUCAGGCCUUCGUUCAUCAGGGUUAUAAUGGCCCAAGUAGAAAUAUUCAAAACCCUCAAAGUAGUUUUGUAAAUAUUUAUAGAUAAAUGCGAAUAACUCAUACAGUAGCUUUUAUACGUAUUUUUUAAUAAAAUAUUUUUCCAGAAA